GGUGGUUGUAUCCAGAAUAAUGGUGAUUGUGAAGCUUGUGAAAAAGGUAGUACAGGUUGUAAUAAUGGGACAUGUAAUAGAAAUGAUGGUAGUUGUAUAUAUGGUUGUAUUUCUGGUAAAUCAGGACCUACAUGUACUAAUGAUUGUAGUAAAAACUGUAUUAUAUGUAGUCAGAAUGACAAUAAGAAAUGUACCCAAUGUCACGAUGGAUAUUAUGGACAGUCAUGUAAACAACCAUGUAAUAAAACAUGUCAAUCACAAGACAAU